AUGGUCACUGCCCCUCUAGGAACCGGCAUUGCCCUACUAUUCCGUCUUCAAGUUGCAGUCAUGGCCCCGACCUCACCGGACAAGCCAGACGCUCGCCGUUCUCGAUCUCGACCACCUCUUUACUCCUUCUCGGGCACGAUACGCCACCAGUUGCCAGUCAUACCUAGACCCUCACAAAGACCCUCCCAUUGUCGCCUCCCACCAACCGAGGCCCCAACCGGAAACCAUCCUACCGGCCGCUUCGAUCGAGCUCAUCAAUUGGGUCGCUCUUCUCGUCCUAUUCGCAAAUCCGGGAUGUCGAUGGUUCCACGGUCUCAACGUUCCAAUGCCACUAUCAUCGCCGGGAUUGACCGCUCUCUUCGAUCCCACCCCAGUGCACUUGAUCAGUCCCGAGAGCCUCCUGCACCUGUUGACUCUAAGCACCGUCAGAGCCCGUAUAAACCUCUGUCUUCUAUCCCAUCCAAGAGGGCACACCCUGUCGACGCGAAUAGCGACAGCCGCUGCAGCGACGACCCCCCACAGAAGCGGCAUUGCCUUGUUCACCAAGGUGUAUCUGAGUUCUUCCACACGGCUACAACUGCCACAGAUCUGCUUCCUCAGAUUUUAUCUAUCAAUGAUGUCGUUUCCCGUCCCAACAUCGAUAAGUUUGGGGACGAGUUUCCCAAAGAGGAUCAACGCCACUCAAUGUGGCCUUUGGAUUCAGCAAAAUCUGAUACGGUGAUCUCACUUGGAAAACAGAAGAAUAGCACAACCGGACAACGGACCACACCAGCAGGAGCCACCAAGGAGCACAAUCAGUUGGACCAGCCUACUCGAUCCAUCGAGCACCAAGUCAAGCCCCUCUCCAAGAGGCCUGGAGAUGAUGGGCUGCCGAGCGAAAGGUUUGACACGAAGGCAUGCCAGCAACUCGAGUCCCCUCGCCGCACAGCCGUCUGCAAUACGGAAGGCAGUCCCUAUGAUGAGCUUCCAAACCCCAACAAUCUCUCGGAACCGAAGAAGCCAUCUCGGGACAAGAGUGAGACCUCCAAGAGCCCUGAUCCAACCACAGCUCCAGUCUUGGAAGGUUGGCCCCUCAUUUUCGCCUGUGUUGUUGCAUUCAUCGGUGGAAUGUUCUUGCACGACUUGCGAUUCCCCGACCUGCGAGUCCCCGAGUUUCGUGCUGUAGACUGGAACGAGAGGGCCAUCGAACUUGAGAUUGCGCUGGCGACGAUAUCAAGAGUCGUUCUCUUUGGCGAGGCCAGUCUCUCCCAACAGAGACUCCAUCCUGGCAUGCUCCCCGUCGAUGGCUUGGCCCAUGAUCACAAUCCCUCGUUCGGGCCCUACCAGAGGAUACCAGUACGAUCCAAGUGGUUUUCCAACUCAACCGAGUUUCCGCAGUACGAACCUUGGCUGACCACGUCAUCUGGGGUAUUUGUGCCGGAGCCAGAUUUCUUGGAGGACCUUUGGGUGGUUACUCACAGCACUUGCUUAGACGUUAGUUCGGUUCCCAUUCCGGAUGGGUCAUCUCCGUCCAACGACUUUUGUUUCCUCCUUGCCCACACCUUGACUGAGUUGAAAAUAUUCUACAGAUUUGGAUAUUCUGAAUUCGGCUCCUACUACACAGGUACGAGUCUCGGCAUGAAUGAGGUCAUGCUGUCCAACAUGGAAAUUAUACAACAGAUGCAGAGGAAUGGUUCCGAAGAGCUGGGCUCUGAUCAGCUUCGCGCCCGCGCGUUGCAUGCUCCAUCUACGGCAGCAGUUUCCCUGCCGACCGCUGAACCACCAUCUCCUCGCCGCCGGCUUCCAGCUGAUACAAGCAUCCCUGACGACAUACCAGAGAGCUUCAUCAAAGAUUGGCACGAUGCAAUGGCAGCUCGCAGUUCUUGGACUAAGCAGGAGCACGCAUCAACGACCACUCCAACGUUUGACACGACCGCGUCGAAGAUACCGAAGCUUAGAGACUACGCCGAGGCUCAGAUGAACAAUGGAACCGCGAACCUCUUAGUCCAGCAUGUUAUCGACGUGAUCGUUGGCCGACGCCUGAACGAAACCGACGAGGUUGAGGGUCCAACUUAUGGCAAAAUCAUUGAUCAUUCAACCAGGCUGGACAAGUUCUGCGAUCUUUUUCUUCAAUUGAAUGAUCACGUAUCGAAAGCCAUUCGGUUUGCGAACAGGACCGAGUUGAACGCCUACCAGCUCAGUAGGUUUAAACGUAUCCAGGACGUCGCCCCCUUCCUGCGGGACAUUGCCACACCUAGAUUGGACGGCAUGAAAGACAGAGCCAAGCGAGGAGUCCUGCUACUAAAGGAGACAGAGAAGCGCCAAGCAAAGCUUCAAAGUGAGAUUGAAAGGACCCUGCGAAACGGCUGGCUCGGUCCAAGAGUCGAGUGGCUGGGCCGCCGGACCAUCUGUUAUCACUUACCCGACCUGAAGGGCAUGGCCCUUCAAUGGAGCCAUGCUCGCCAAUGGCUGGCAGUGGAGUUGGAAGAAGUAUUCGAAAUCUAUCAGGGCCGGCAGGCAGAGUUCAACUUGCUCGACACGCCGCCAAGCAAUCUUUCCGAGAAGCAACUUGAUGAGUGGUGGUCAUGGAGGAUGGAAAUGAUUUGGUCGAGAUGGUCCUUGGAGGAUAGACGCAAAUAUCCAGUGGGCAAGGAGUCGUUUUGCUGGAGAGAGACGGACUGGAACCCUUACGCAUCCACGUGGCAGAGGAUGGUUGGAUGGGUGACGGGCCGAGACAAUGUUGACAUUCCGUCUCGAUGUGGCGACGCGUCAAAGAGACAUGGAUGA